AUGGUGCCCUUCCCCGAGGAGCCCGCCGCCGCGCGGGGGACGAGCGAGGCGCAGCCGCCGGGCCCCGCGCCCACCGGGGCAGCUCCGCUGCCGGGCCCGGGACCCUCGGACGGCCCCGAGGCGGUCGUCGAGAAGGUGGAGGUAGAGCUGGCGGGACCGGCGGGCGCUGAGCCCCCUCAGCCUCCCGAGGGCGGCUGGGGCUGGCUGGUGAUGCUGGCGGCCAUGUGGUGCAACGGGUCGGUGUUCGGCAUCCAGAACGCCUGCGGGGUGCUCUUCGUGUCCAUGCUGAAGACCUUUGGGUCCACGGACGAUGACAAGAUGGUCUUCAAGACAGCGUGGGUAAGUUCUCUGUCCAUGGGGAUGAUUUUCUUUUGCUGCCCAAUAGCCAGCGUCUUCACAGACAUGUUUGGUUGUCAGAAGACAGCUGUCGUGGGUGCUGCUGUUGGAUUCAUUGGACUCCUGUCCAGUUCUUUUGUAAGCUCCAUCGAGCCUCUGUACCUUACCUAUGGAAUCAUAUUUGCUUGUGGCUGCUCCUUUGCAUACCAGCCUUCGCUGGUCAUUUUGGGACACUAUUUCAAGAAGCGCCUUGGACUGGUGAAUGGCAUUGUCACCGCUGGCAGCAGCAUCUUCACAAUUUUGCUGCCUUUCCUUUUAAGGGUUCUGACCGACACCGUGGGCCUCUUUCACACACUGAGGGUCCUCUGCAUCUUCAUGUUUGUUCUCUUUCUGGCUAGCUUUACGUACCGACCUCUUGCUCCAAGUGCCAAAGAUAAAGAGGGUGGAACCAAAGGAGGCAACAACAGAUUCUCCCUCUUUUCCAGGAGGAAGUUUAGUCCUCCAAAAAAAUUUUUCAAUUUUGCCCUCUUCAAGGUGACAGCUUAUGCGGUUUGGGCAGUUGGAAUACCGCUUGCACUUUUCGGAUACUUUGUGCCUUAUGUUCACUUGAUGAAAUAUGUGAAUGAAAGAUUUCAAGAUGGAAAAAAUAAAGAGGUGGUUCUCAUGUGCAUUGGCAUCACUUCAGGAGUCGGACGGCUGCUCUUUGGCCGGAUCGCAGAUUAUAUGCCUGGUGUGAAGAAGGUUUAUCUUCAGGUACUCUCCUUUUUCUUCAUUGGUCUGAUGUCCAUGAUGAUUCCCCUGUGUGGUGUCUUUGGGGCCCUCAUUGCUGUCUGUCUCAUCAUGGGUCUCUUCGAUGGAUGCUUCAUUUCCAUUAUGGCUCCCAUUGCCUUUGAGUUAGUUGGUGCCCAGGACGUUUCUCAAGCAAUUGGAUUUCUACUUGGAUUCAUGUCUAUACCCAUGACUGUGGGCCCACCUAUUGCAGGGUUACUUCGUGACAAGCUGGGCUCCUACGAUGUGGCAUUCUACCUCGCUGGAAUCCCUCCCCUCAUUGGAGGUGCUGUCCUUUGUUUUAUCCCAUGGAUCCACAGUAAGAAGCAAAGAGAGAUUGGUGAAACCACUGGAGGAGAAAAGAUGGAGAAAAUGUUGGAGAACCAGAACUCUCUGCUGUCAAGCUCACCUGGAAUCUUUAAGAAAGAAUCUGACUCUGUUAUUUAA